AUGCAAAAAUCCUUAGAAUUUGAUUGUUUAUUUAAUUCUAAACCAGCUCAUUUGAAUUGUAAUGAACAAUCAAUAUUCAUUAAAAUCUAAAAUGAAGAACUUAAAUUUCACAUUUCAUUAAAUCUACAUUUACAAUGGUAUUAUAGGAAUAAAGUACUUGAAUAAUGUUAGAUUGAGAAUUACACUCUUUAAUCUUCUUCUAAAAGUUUAUCACAACUUAAAGAUUACCUCAAUUCUCAAGUGAUGUAUUUAGGAGCAUCAGAAAUCUAUGAAGAAUUGGAAACAAUGUCAAAAAGUGAUCUUAAGACUGUAAAUUAAAUAUAUUACUUAAGCAUGUCAUUGUACAAUCAGUUAUAACCGGAGAAAAGUAUUUUUGUAAAGCAUAUAAGAAACAAAAAGAAUAUUAAUUUCUGUAAGAGGUUAGAAUUCUUAACAAACUGAAGAAUUACAAAAAUGUUGUUGAUAUUGUAGAAGUUUAUGAAUCUUCAAAAUAUUUUUAUAUUAUCUUAGAAUAUUUGGAUCGUAAAUUAGAGUAGGAUUAUACUCAUGAAGAAAAUCAAAUUGUAAUUAAGGUAUUAAAAAUUAUGGAAUUAGGAAAUUCUUAUAAUAUUGGAAGCAUUAUAAUAAAAUAAUAUUGUUCAUGGAUAGAUUAGACCCUAAAAUUUCAUGUAAGGUAAUAAUCAUUAAAUAAAAUUGAUUGGAUUUAGUAAAGCUAAAAUUGAGGAAAAGCCAGAUACAACUGAUAUGUAUGGAUUACAUAAAGUUAUGCUAUAUUUAUAUAAUUUUGAUGAUUAAUCAAUUAAUAUUGAUUAAGGGAUUUAUCCUCUUAUUCCAGGUCAUGGUACAAAUUUUUUGAAAGGUCUUGUGAAUAAUACUUAAUAUAGAAUUAAUAUUAAAUAAGCAUUAAGUCAUCCAUAUUUGAAAUGUGAUGAAACAGACCAUUAAAUAGUUUAAGAAUAAAUGUUUCUUAAAUUUAAACAUAAUUUUAGUAAUUUUUAAUGA